UCAUUUCUGAGCUUUUCUUUCAGUGUUUUCUCUGAUGCACGACUUGUGAGAAUCAUGUUAGUUAAUUCUUAGUGUGACAGAAUAAGCUUCCAUGGGGGUAAAUGUGGAGAAUUGGUUGUAUUUCUGUCCUGGUUGUUGUAAAAGCUUUGUGUUGAAGUUCUUGAUGAGAGGUUUUGAUGUGUGUGUGUGAAGUGCGCAGACAGAGCAGCUGGCUUUGUGUGUUUGUGGACUCCUCCCGUUGUGUGAUGAAGUUCAGAUGCGCGCCGUUGUUCCGUACGCGCGUCACCAGCGCGCAGAGGAGCUUCCCAAGCGCGAGGGGUGGAUGGAGAGAUGUGACGAUCACGACCACGGGAGGCUCGAAAUAUGACAUUCCACAUCGCUAAUUAACACCCCUCUACUUUUCCAGGAUAUGUUUUGAUAUUUUGUGUGAGCUUGAGCUCCAGCUGCUCCGUGUUUUCGCAUCCAGAUCCCGUUUUACGCCUCUUCCUUUCUGGGCUGCGUGGACCGUAAACCUCGGCUCGGUCGGUUCAUAAAGGGGAGGGUUUUUUGUUUUUUUUGUUAUAGUUUACUCAGACGAGGCUGUGCGCGUCUUUUUUUGGAUUCGGGAGAUGUUGGCAUGGCCACCUCGGGAGCACACAAGUGUCCGAAGAGUGAGAAGUUGGACGAGGCGCAGGCUUUGGCCAAAAGCUGCGCGGGCAGACCAGACUUCCUGCCUUGUGAUGGACUCUCCAUUUGCGCUACGCACAGCCACGGGAAGUGCUUCAAGCUGCACUGGUGCUGCCACUUGGGCUGGUGUCACUGCAAGUAUGUUUACCAGCCCAUGACCAAUGUGUGCCAGCUGCCCAGCACCGCCGUGCCCCCUGUCGGGACAGAGUACAGUAACACCAUUGACCUGUCCGUCUCUCUGGCUGAGCGCUUCCUCAAACUGGCGCCCUGCUUCCGGUCCCCGCCUCACCUUGAGUCGCCUAAGUACUGUGUCAUCGCAGACCUGUUCGUCGACGACUACAUAGUCAAACGCAUUAACGGGAAGAUGUGCUACGUGCAGCGCCCGCCGCCGCCUCUACCAGAACCGCCUCAACCUCCCACCCCUCCCCCGCCCGCUCCAGCUACACCUCAAAUGCCGCAAAAUCAAAGUCAGCCUCAACAGCAGGUCAAGCCGGCGCCGGGCAAACAUCACACGCCUGCACCUGCGCUUGCGCCUGCGCCAGCGCCAGCGCCAGCGCCGGUCCAGCAGGUGAACACUGAACACAAACACCUCUCGCCUGUGGACAAGGUAAAAGGACCCAAAAUGGAACACUGCUCCUCUCCGUCCAGCUCCGAGGACUCUGGGAUCAACGCUCUGGGUCUGCACUACAUGGAGUCCUGUGAAGAUGAGAGCGAGGAGGACGACGAGUUGAGCACAGACGGGAACUCCAGCCCGGGAAGCCUCUGGGAUCAAGACGACUGUUCUCUGCUGUCUCCUUCAAAGUCAAUGAUAGAGAUCAUCGAAAAGAUCGAAACGACUGUGUAACCGACAGCACGGACAUGGACGCCGGCUAGAAGGGAGCGCGAUCUACCGAGCUGAAAUUUAUUAAUGAGAAUAACACUCUAGGAUUUAUUAUAGAUGGACCGAUAGGAAGCAAAUUCCCCCACCCCCUCUAUUGCUUCAGGAAGGUGUUGUUGGACUGUCUGGAGCUGAAUUAGUUUUUCUGCAGGUGACUAAGGACUGCACAUCUGUACUCACACUUAGCCUCUGUCCACGUCCCCUGCAUGGAGAGAAUUUCCAGACCUUAUUUCAAUAAAAGCACAACAACACUAUCAAGCACACACCAUGUGGACCAAAUAGAUGUCUUUAACUUGGCAAUUACACAGCGAAAAAUCUAAAAUACAGCAGAGUUAAGAGUAGGUGUAGAGAAGGUGAGACUUCUUUGACAACGCAUACAUCAUUGCGGCUGAAUUAUGUAUGAACACAAUUGUUUUGAGUAGGUUUCUUGACGAUAAUGAGCAGCGUGGUCAUUCUUAGUCAUCCAUUCCUCAAGCAAAUUCACUUUAAUUCUGCCUUCGAGUGGCCAGAAAGCAUGCCAUUUCUUGUUUUCUGGUCAGUGGCUCCACCAACACAUAUUAGUGAGUCUGACACUUCAGCUUAAUAACUCCAAGGUCAUGUGCCUCUCAUGAGCCUGAAGCACAUCAGCCUUUAAACCUGUUAAUUACCCUGCUCUGAGCUGCUGAAAAACACCUGCAUUUAUCACAUUAAAAAGGUCCACGUAGUUUGUCUACACUUUACUGACACCAACACAGGUCAGUGUUCGACAAUCAACGAUUACACAGAAGCACAUUUCUAUGCUGUACCUGCCAGUGACGACCAAGGAUACUUAUUAAAAUAUUAAUAAGACGCCAACACGCUGCGUUGACCGUUUCUUCUGGUCAGGCUGAACAGUGUUUGUUUAAGGUUAAAUGAGGCGUUAAGUCAAACAUGACUUAUUGGCCUCAAUUAGCAACCGCGAUAUUAAGUAACAUGGACGUGUCUCUGGCACCGCUACAGUGUCCUGAAACAGCGCAGAGACCCCAGAGAAGAGGCAUUAUACAUAUACAGUAACUUAUAUAAUGAAAACUGAGUUGUUGUUUGCUUUUUGGGCUUAAGAGUGAAAUGUAUUGUGUUGCCGGCUGUAAGUCUGGGAAGGUAGGCUAGAAAUAAACCAUACAGGAACUGUGUUUCACAAUUGUUUUGUGCUAUAAAGCAGUGAAAAUGUCACUUAAUGCACCUUUAAAGAGAGAUUAGAAUAUGGAAUAGAAUGGUGAGUACGUGUUUUCAUAUUGUGAUGGACAUAAAGAUAUAAGAAAUGCCCUGAUAUAUAUAUAUAUAUAAAUAUAUAUGACAAUAGUGGACUGCCCCUUGUUAGUAAGUUAGUCAAAUAAGGCUGAGCUGAGGAAAUGUUUUUCAGUCUCUUUUUUUUUUGUAAAUGUUUAAAGAUUUGUUUCCUUGGGAGGUGCACAAAUAUUCACAAAUAUGUAUCGCUACAGUGCUACAAACACUAGAUGUUUAAAAGUCAUUUUGCAUGACUGCUUUUAUUUGUAGAAGUUCCUCAGUUGAAAAAAAAAAAAAAAAAAUCAACAAUUUGUGAUUCAGAAUGUGCAAAGAAAUGUAAAAAUCCUGUAUCUGUUAUUCAAAGAAAAUGUUUCUAUUCAUGGAUGGCCCUUAAAAUUACUCUGAACACAGUCCCACUAAAUGCAGAUCAAAACACGUCUUAUGUUCUUAUUAUUGUUAUAUUAUUUUCAUAUGAAUAAAUCUUAAUUAAACUAAUUUUUUCCACUCA